AUGCUCAUCGGCGUCUGCGGCAGUAUUUGCUCCGGCAAAAGGACGGUGGCCCAAUAUCUCGUUGAGCAUCAUGGAUUCAAACUCCUCCAUCUACAGCCACAAUCCCAGCCAAGACCGUCCAAUACCUCGCUUGGAGCCGAAUCCGCUUCAUCUGAGGAACACGAUGCAGAGUCUCCAUCACAGUCUACUGACUCGACAGCUUUCAAAGGCGCUCUGACCUCAACAGCGCUCACCACCAAGAAUGGCUACCAGUCAUCUUCUGAAACCACGCUGACUCUCCGGGAUGGUCCGCAACACGUGUUUUCCACAGCCGAGGAACUUCUUGACUUCGUGACGAAACGCUGGCGCAGCCGCUUUGUCACUACUGACAUUCCCACGGAGGCAGUUCUAGACGUCUUUCUUCGUCGACCUUUCUUCCUAUUGCUCUCCGUCGAUGCGCCAUUGACGGUCCGCUGGCGACGGUUCCAGGACCGCGCGAGGCAGAGGCAUGCGGGAGAGCCUGACAUGAGUCUAGAAGACUUUGUCAGAGAGAGCGAUAUCCACCUAUACGACGCAGAGAAAGGCCUCUCGCCCCUUAUCUCGCGCGCUGUUGUGAGACUUCUCAACACAUCAUCCUCUCUAGCGCACCUCUAUGCUACCCUUGGCAAGUUGGACAUCCCAAAUCCUGAUCGCCUUCGCCCUUGCUGGGACACUUACUUUAUGGAAUUGGCAUCCCUUGCUGCACAACGCUCCAACUGUAUGAAGCGUAGAGUCGGAUGUGUGCUUGUUGGCAAAGAACGCAGGGUCAUUAGCACCGGUUAUAAUGGGACUCCAAGGGGACUACAGAAUUGCACUGAGGGAGGCUGUCCAAGGUGCAAUGAUGGCAACAGCUCCGGAGUGGGCUUAUCGACUUGCCUGUGUAUCCAUGCCGAAGAGAACGCGCUUUUGGAAGCGGGACGAGAAAGAAUACGCGAGGGCUCUGUCCUAUACUGCGACACGUGUCCCUGCCUCACAUGCAGUAUCAAAAUCUGCCAGGUGGGCAUUAGCGAGGUUGUCUACGCUCACACAUACAGCAUGGACAACGAUACAGCCCGGGUGUUUAGGGAGGCCGGCGUGAAGCUGAGACAGUUCAUACCACCGCCUAAUGGCCUGAUUCAUCUCGAGAAGAUGGAGCUUUAUUAG